AUGUCAGCGAACGAUAGAUUGACUCGAAGUUUGCCUCAUUUACAAAAUUUAAUCAAACGAGAUCCAGAUGCAUAUAGUGAAGAUUUUAAACUUCAAUAUCUUCAUUUUGAAAGUCAAUUUAUGGAAUUAACAGCUAAGCCAGAUACAUGGAAUAAAUCAUUAGCUGAAAAUAUUUCAUUUGUUUCACAAGUUGCUCAUUGUUAUCCUGAAGAAUGUAAAGGACUAUCACAAAUGUUUAUGGAUGUUCUUCGACUUUAUUCAACUAUUCUCAAUAAUGAUAUUCGACUUGUUAUUGUACGUGCACUUAUGUUGAUGCGUAAUCGCGGUUUAAUUGAUUGUAUUUCGUUAUGUGAAUUGUUUUUUCUUCGUUUAUUACAAUGUCAAGAUCGUCUUUUACGUGUUACUAUUCAAGCACAUAUUAUUAAUGAUAUUAAAAAACAAAAUGAAAAACAUAAAAAUCAUAAAUUAAAUAGUACAUUACAAAAUUUUAUGUGUACUAUUAUUAAAGAAAGUAAUGCAAUUGCUGUUAAGAUGGCACUGGAUAUAAUGAUUGAUUUAUAUCGAAAAAAUAUUUGGAAUGAUGCAAAAACAGCCAAUAUCAUCGGUUCGACAUGUUUUUCAAAAAUCACAAAAGUUCAAGUAGCAGCAUUGAAUUUCUUUUUAUGUAACAAUCAAAAUAAAGAUAAUGAUAAAGAUUCCGAUUCUGAUGAUGAUGAAAAAUUAACAAAAAAAGAUAUUUUACUUGGUCAUCGUGUUGGAAAAAAAUCCGCAAAACGAAAGAAAAAAACUGAACGAGCAUUAAGAGCACUUGAAAAACAAAAAAAGAAAAAAAAAGUUGAAAUAUUUGAUUAUUCAGCUUUACAUCUUCUUUAUGAUCCACAAGAUUUUGCUGAACGUUUAUUUCGUCAAUUGGAAACAUCAAAUGAACGUUUUGAAGUAAAAUUACUUCAUCAAGAUUUAUUAUCACGUUUAAUUGGUCUUCAUCAAUUACUUUUAUUAAAUUUUUAUCCAUAUUUACAAAGAUAUCUUCAACCACAUCAACGUCAAGUUACAAAAAUUCUUUUAUAUGUUGCACAAGCAUCACAUGAAAUUGUUCCACCUGAUAUUUUACAAAGUAUUUGUAAAACAAUUGCAAAUAAUUUUAUUACGGAAAGAAAUUCUGGUGAAGUUAUGGCUGUUGGUUUAAAUACAAUUCGAGAAAUUUGUUCUCGAUGUUAUUUAGCUAUGGAUGAAGAUUUAUUACAUGAUCUUUCAAAAUAUAAAUCAUAUCGUGAUAAAUCUGUUUCAGCAUCUGCUCGAUCAUUAAUUCAAUUAUUUCGUGAAAAAAAUCCACAACUUUUAGAAAGAAAAGAUCGAGGAAAACCAACUGAAUUUCAAAGAGAACUUGUUCCACUUGGUUAUGGACAAUUAAAUCCAAAAUCUUAUCUUGACGGUGCAGAAAUACUUGAACAACAUAUUGAUGAUCAAGAUAAACAAUCAAAUGAUGAACUAGAUGAAGAAGAACAAAGCAGUGAAGAAGAUUGGAUUGAUGUUUCACAUUCUAAUGAUGACGAUGAUGAUGAUGAUGAUGAUGACAAAGAGGAUGAUAAUCAUGAUCAAAACGAUGAUCAACAAAAUACUGAUAAAGUGGAAAAAGAAAUGACAGAAGAAGAACGUCGUGAACGAGCUAUAUCAAUAAGUACUCAAAGAAUUUUAACACAACGUGAUUUUGAACAAUUGAAAAUUCUUGAAAUGAAAAAACGUAUACAAGAUCGAAGAAAAAAUCGUUUAGAACAAUCAAUAGAAAAUAGUCGAAAACGUAAAACAAUUUCAAUUGAUACUGAUUCGGAUUCGGAUGAUGAAAAUAAAAAAAAAAAUUCAGAACAAAAUUUGGGAUUAAUAUCAUUAAAAGAUAUUGAACGAGUACAUAAAAAACGUGCUCAUGAUAAAGAAUCUCGUUUAGAAACUGUUCUUGCGGGUCGUGAAGGUCGACAAAAAUUUGGUAAAUGGAAAAAAGAAAAAGGUCGAGCCGGUACAACAAAUAAAGAAAAAUUAAAAACUAAAAAUUUUCAAAUGCUUAAACCAAAAUUGAGAAAAAAACAAAAACGAUCAUUCCGUGAUAAACAGAUUGCACUUCGAGAUGCUUUGUUAAAAGAUAAACGUCUUCGAUAA